AUGUCUUUUCGAGAUCUAAGCUCUACUUACGCUGAAUCAGAAAAUAUGGCUGAGGAAUGGGUGACAGAGAGCAAUGAAAUGGUAGUCAUGGACGAACCAAUGGGACAGGCUGAGUUGCCUGAGGUGAAACUGUUCGGGAAAUGGUCACUUGAUGAAGUUCAUGUAUCCGAUAUUUCUCUUGUGGUUCGUUUUUUUUUUCUGCUGUUGCUCCAUUUAUUAUCAUCGAAGUUGUUAAUCCCUUCUUGGGUUCCAUUCAUUCUUCAUGUUGCUUGUGAUCAGGAUUCAUUUCAAGGCCGCGUGAAAAUUCUUCUCUUCAACUUCUUUUGA